UUGGUACCCGACGGCACACGGCGGCCACGGAAUUGCAGGGGGCAUUGCAGGAAGAAUUGCAGCGAUUCCAAGGCAGCGAUAUGAGGGUCGAGGUCAACGCCCACGAACCUAGAUCCCAGCCCCGUCGCCCAACAUGUUCUCCUCGCUAAAGAGCUUCUCCUCCAACAUCAACUCCAACUACUCCGUCUCCCAGACCGUCUCGUCCACCGCCGGCGCCUGGAAGAUCUACGAUGCCAAGAAGAAAUCCACCCAGAAGCCCUAUUCCGUCUUCGUCUUCGAUAAGAAGUCGCUGGACUCCCAUGGGAGCACACUGAACAGAUCGAGCGCAUCGUCCUUCAAGCGCGCUACGGAAGAGAUCAUCGAGCGCUUAAAGAAAGAGGCAUCCUCGCUGGCCCGGCUACGUCACCCGAACGUCCUAGAACUCGUCGAACCCGUCGAAGAGACGAGAGGCGGCGGACUUCAGUUUGUCACCGAGCCUGUCACUACAUCCCUUGCCAGCCUGCUGCAGGAGAAGGACGACCAAGAGAGGGCCGGCGGCAUUGGGGGUCGGUCCAGUCGCUAUGUCACCGAGGAUUCCGACGGCGUGAGGCGGAGGCGUGAGCUAGAGAUUGACGAGCUCGAGAUUCAGAAAGGCUUGCUUCAGGUCAGCAAGGCCUUGGAGUUUCUCCAUGAGAAUGCCGGGCUGGUUCACGGCAAUCUUACCCCCGACGCCAUUCUUAUCAAUGCAAAGUCGGACUGGAAAGUUAGUGGCCUCGCAUUCUGUAGUCCCCCUGAAAAUUCAUCGAAACCUACAUCCGUCCAACCCAUCAAUCUCUCCGAGGUUCUGAAUCUGGACACCCGUUUGCCGCGUUAUGUACAAAUCAACUUAGACUAUACCUCCCCGGACUUUGUCCUGGAUAACAACCUUACCUCAUCCGCCGAUAUGUUCUCGCUUGGCCUACUAUGUAUUUCCUUAUAUAAUUCCCCUCACCGUUCCCCUAUAGAUACGAGCGGGAGCUUAUCCGCCUACCGACGUAUCUUUACCUCAUCUUCCACCGUGCCAUCCUCCGGUAAUGACUUUUUGUCAAAACGUCCCUUGCCAAGGGAUCUCGUGAGCCAUGUUCUCCCACGCCUAAUCACGAGGCGGCCAGCACAGCGCAUGACGGCCCGUGAGUUCCAGGAAAGUCAAUACUUUGAUAACAUCCUUGUCUCGACAAUCCGGUUUCUUGAUGCAUUUCCUGCCAAGACUCCCAGUGAGAAAUCCUCAUUCAUGAGAGGUUUGAACAAGGUUCUCCCGUCGUUCCCGAAAUCAGUCAUGGAGAAAAAGGUGCUUCCAGCUUUGCUGGAGGAGAUGAAGGACAAAGAGCUACUCUCACUCAUUCUUCAGAAUGUCUUCAAAAUUUUGAGUCUCUUGCCGUCGUCACAGCGUGCCUUUGGUGAGAGGGUUCGCCCCAAGCUUAAAGAGAUAUUCGUCGAGAAUGUGAAACAGAACCAAGAGAAGGAUUCAGCUCGGGAUGCGGGCUUAAUGGUUGUCCUAGAAAAUACCAAUUUGAUUGCCGAGAAUUGUUCGGGGAAGGAAUUCAAAGAUGAUAUUCUCCCGAUAAUUCUCGCUACAAUUGAAUCUCCCACACCAUCACUGGUCGAUGUGGCUCUGAGGGGGCUGCCAGAGGUACUGCCUAUCCUCGAUUUCAGUACAAUCAAGAAUGAGCUUUUCCCAGUUGUUGCUACGGUCUUCAGCAAGACGAAUAGCCUGGCAAUCAAAGUACGCGGUUGUCGUGCUUUCGUCAUCCUCUGUGGUGGCUCCAAUGAAUCAAGCUCUGGCGAUGAUGGUCUCGAUGGGCUAGGUCCGGAGAAGAAGAAGAAGACAUCCUCCAGUGCUCUCGACAAAUACACGAUGCAGGAGAAAAUCGUCCCUCUAAUUAAAGUCAUAAAGACGAAAGAACCGGCUGUUAUGAUGGCUGCCCUAGAUGUUCUGCGAGUUGUUGGAGACGUUGCCGAUGCAGAAUUCGUGGCGAUGGAGAUCUUACCCAUCCUUUGGAAUAUGAGUCUCGGCCCGCUACUAGACCUCAAGCAAUUCCAAAGCUUCAUGCAGCUGAUUAAAUCACUAUCGCGUAGAGUUGAAGGCGAGCAAGUAAAGAAAUUGCAAGAGCUAGCUGUUACUAACGGGGGAGCCGCGCCUGCUCCGGCCGUGAAUGAUGAUUUCUUAGGUUUCGGAGGUGUCACGGGAACUACGUUCGAUUCGACGAACGGGGCGACACACGACGACUUUGAGCGUCUCGUCAAGGGUAGGGCAUCCCCAGCGUCAAGCAACCCGAUGAAUGGCGGCGGGUGGGAUUCGACUCCAGCCCCGGCUGCCAGCUCUCCAGUUGCUGUCAAAUCACCCACGGCUCAAUUCUCGUGGUCUACGCCUACGCCAACCAGCAACAGUCAGUUCAAUCCGCCCAAGGCACAGGCGCCGCCAUCGUUCCGGACCGUGACGCCGGAUCUAGCAGCUUUCAGCCCGCUCAGUCCUCAAACUACCCAAUUCUCAAAGCCCCUACAACCUGCUCCAGUUACGGCGCAGGCCAACUCUACUAUGCAGCCAGUCUCGACUAGCAUCAACUGGUCAUCGUCUGCGGGCGCCACAGCUAGCCCCUGGGCGUCUUCGAGCGCUGCAACUAGCAUGAUGCCAUCCAGCAUGUCCAGCAUGUCCAACAUGAACACGAACCGACAGCGACCCUCACUAAAUCAAGCCACAUCCUUCUCUCUAGCUCCGCCACCGUCGAGUGGAAGCAACGCGUCUUCAGGUUUUCGGCUACCACCACCACCCUCUGGGGGAGUACAACGACAGACCUCCUCCCUGUCAAUGGGACAUACAUCGUCACCAAGUCUUACGCCCAUGGCAACUGGGAGCAUGAAUAGCAUGGGCGGGAGCAGAAGCAUGAACAGCAUGAUGGGCAAUGGGAUGAAUGUAAUGACGCCGAUACCCCAACAGCAGCAGCAGCAGCAGAAACAGCAAAGUAGCGGUCUGGAUAAGUAUGAAAGUUUAAUUUAGGUAUAUUAACGAUGGAAGGAUUGAGAUGAUCAUAUAGCGAUGAAAAUAUGCAGCAAGCAAGCACCAUUAAAAGACUGAGACGCACGUAUGAGUCAAAUGUGUCACGAUUACUUGCGGAAUGGUUUAUGUCAUGUCACUUCGACUGGUGUUGUUUGGAGUAUAGCAUUCUGCGUAUUAGGAAAGCAUACAUGUAAU